AUGUCCAAAGCUGAGCUCGCAGAAAGAAUCCUUUCGGUCUUGAAAACCCUUCCCAAGGACAGAAUAAAGCACUACGCUUCCUUCAAAGACGUCCAGAUCGCCAGAUUCCUGGACGCUGCCUUUAUUGAGAAGACUCCCGAAGAGGACUUGAAGCUUCAGUACAUCGCUCUUCGUGACUUGGUCAACGACAAGUACAAGAACUACUACAAACUCGACGACAAGCUUUUGAAGCCCAAGGGUAACCCACAGUACUACGACAGAAUCAUGUCUGAAAUCAAGGGCGAGAAGAAGGAGACCUGGCUCUCUGCUAUGAGAACGGUUGUGUUCGGAAAGUGA